GGCAACCACCGUGCCCUAGGCCGACACAAUCGAGCUGGAACGUCUCUCCCCCGCAGUUCACUGUUUCAACUUCAAAACCAUAACCCAACGGCGCAAAUGGCCGUAAGAAUUUCUUUUCUUUUUUCCAUAAUCACCCCACAAGCGCAAAAAGUCCAUCCCCAUCCUUUCCCCUCCACAACCCUUUUGAGCAACAAACCCAGAACCCGGAUUUCGUGCACCAAGAAAAUCAGUGAUGCAGAGAUUUCAUCAGAUUUGGCUUCGGAGGUGGCAAAGAUAAACACCCAUUCAGUGCAGAGAGAGGAGGCCAUGAAGAAGAGCAAAGAGCUCCUGUUCACAGAGCUGUGCCAGUACCUGGCUUCGAAAGAAGAUGAGGUGAAGAAGAAGUGGAGGAAGAUGGAUGAAGAGGAUAAAUUGGUUUUGGUUAAAGGAUUUGUUAGAGAAUGGAGUGUCAACUUUCAUCCAUUGUCUGCAAGGUCUGUGAAGGAGAUGGUUGAGGAAUAUUUGCAGGAAGAUAACCCAUCUGCAACAUCUUCUCCUUCCUUGUUUUUUUCUGCGUUGAAUAGGAUUAUGGGUUUUUCACAAAACAAGUGAAAAAACCAAAAACAAUUUGUUUCGAACUUUUUUCUUUUUAAAUUUUUUCAUUGAGCAUCGCAUUGGUUGAGAAUUUGGGAUGUAAGGUGAAAGGUUUAUUAAUUUCAAACGAUAGAAGAUUAAGGAAAGAGAUUUUUGCUUGGUGUAUGUAACAUGUCAUUUGAUUAUUUUUUCUGUUUAUUUCGC